AUGGACAGGGAUAUAGCUGAGUAUUGCAGGAAGUGCAUUACUUGUGCGAAGUUUAAGGGGCGUGCACACCCACUGACUCCCUUAAGAAGAUAUCCUGUUCCACUGGAACCUUUCCAAAUGGUUUCGAUGGAUCUGAUGGGACCUUUCCCUCUGACCGAGCGAGGAAACCAGUAUAUCUUGGUAAUAGUGGACUUUUUGACACGAUUUGCCGUUGUCAGAGCCUUACCCAACAAAUAUGCUGAGACCGUAGCUGAGGCUGUAAGUGAGGUGUUUGCAGACCUCGGGAUUCCUCAGACGGUAUUAACGGACCAGGGACGCGAAUUUAGGAAUGAAAUCCUGAAGGAGAUGGCGAAGCAUAUGCAGUUUCAGCAUCAUAAAAUUACUGCAUACCAUCCAGCGUCCAAUGGACUCUGUGAAGACCAAUCAGCAAGUUCUCAAUAUUCUACGAGGGAUGGUGGACGGAAAAGAUCAGUACUGGGAUCUUUACCUAAAGGACACCCAAAUGGCUUUAAAUUCUGCUUACCACAAAGCAAUUGGCGAUACGCCGUAUUACGCCAUGUACAACCGGGACCUGAAGACUUCAGACCUUUGGGGACCAGACCCACAAGUUUUGGAGGUCCACCUGAUGAGGAUUUCAUAACUGCAAGGACUCAACGGUCCAAAGAGGUGUACGAAUAUGUACGAGACAACUUGCUAAGAGCAGCAGAUGAACAGUGUAGGAUUCGCCAGAAGAAAUCCAAAGACACUACAGUACUGCCUGGGAUGAGAGUUUUCAUCAAGGCUGUGAAGAAGAAGGGUGACAGCAAAUUAUCUCCCCGCUGGGAAGGACCCUUCCGAGUCGAGACACAUUCAGAUAUUAGACCUGAAGGUACAUCCGAAGAAGAAGAAGCACGUGAAGAAGAGUAUGUCAUGAACUUCCCAACGAAUGACGAUGGAAAAGGAACUUCAGAGAGCAACCAAGAUUGGGCUCAAGAGUCAAGUGAGGUAGAUGACCUAGCACAAGAUGUAGUUGCAGAGAUUCCAACAAUGCUGAUAAAGCUAAUGUUUCGAAUAAUGUUAAUGUGUUACCUAGUAUGA